UAACCGGCUUCGCUAGAGGUUGGACGCGCGUCGCUUUACGUCAGCCUCGCGCGCCGGCAAAAACAUUUGGCGGGAAAACUUGUUUCAUUUUUCGAAUUACAUAAAUUAUGCAAAGACAUUUUUAGCUUUCGUCCUUGUUAGAAGUCUUUGUAAAAAAUAAAAAUAAUUAGUACGAAUAAUUAUUAACAGUUUUCAAACAUUAACUUUUAUUUUUUGUAAGUAAAUAGAAGUGGUUAAAGGUGAAUAAACUAGUGGCUGAGUUUUAAACUAUAACAAUAGUGGUGCAUUCGUGAUUUUAGUUCUAUGCUAUGGAUUAAGGACCCCAAGGUAUUAAUAUCUGGGCCCCAAGGUGUGAAUACGAAAACAGAGAGGUGUGAACGCCGACACGUUUUUUUGGAUUUUUUUUCUAAAGCUCAGUCACGAAGUGUCGUGUUAACAAGAUGGCGGCCGCGUGAGCCACGAAAUGGCGGCGACACACGAAUUGUACGUGGGCGAGUUAAAGCCGCAGCAUACGAGAGACGAUUCGAGAGACUCCGGUAUCUUCCACACAACGAAAGGACUGUGGAAUGCCCCGGGACUGAACAAUUGUUUUCUAAACAGUGCUGUACAGGUGCUGUGGCAUCUGGACAUAUUCCGACGCAGCUUCCGCGAGCUCACCGGGCACGCCUGUCUCGGACCUUCGUGUAUUUUUUGCGCCCUUAAGGAACUCUUUGCCCAACUGCAAUGGUCAGCAGAACGAGCACCAGCCGCCGACAGUCUUCGGCGGGCCCUCGGCGGCGCCGGCGCUCGCUUCCAGCUUGGAUGCAUGGCAGACGCUAGCGAAUGCUUCGAACACUUGCUUUUAAGAGUACACGCACAUGUAGCAGCCGGAUCAGGUGACAGGCGAGAAGAUGACGCAUGCAGAGCUCCUCACUGCGUGCCGCAUAGGAAGUUUGCCAUGAUGCUCGUCGAGCAGUCAGUCUGCGGAGCUUGCCAGGCCACAUCGGAACCUCUACCUUUUACUCAGAUGGUACAUUAUGUGUCUGCAACCGCGUUGACUGCUCAAGCCGCUCUUGGCGAACACGGGGACAGUUUCGGUCUGCUGCUAAGAAAAGCCGGCGGCAUGGGUGACAUCAGAGAUUGCCCGAAUGCCUGUGGAGCCAAAAUACAAAUCUGUAGAACACUAAUGAAUCGUCCAGAAGUCGUCUCCAUCGGUAUGGUGUGGGAUUCUGAGCGACCAUCUGCUGAACAUGUUGCCGCCGUCUAUGCUGCCCUCGGCACCGACCUUCGACCUACAGAUGCCUUCCACGCCUGCGUAGACCACGCCUGGGCAUCACGAGCCACCCACCGAUUAGUUGGCCUUGUCACUUACUAUGGGAAACACUACUCCACGUUCUUUUUCCAUAGUAAACUACGACUAUGGAUUUACUUUGACGACGCUGAUGUCAAAGAAAUUGGACCGGAAUGGACCCAUGUUGUUGAAAAAUGCAGAAGGGGACGAUUCCAGCCAUUACUAUUGUUGUACGCUGCUGUUGAUGGAACACCAUGUGACACUCGACACGCUCCUAAAGAAGUUGUGCCAUUCCCUGCUCCUGAACCAAGACGCGCAAUCACUCCAGCGCCCGACCGACCGAAUGCUGCCUUCGCGCGAAGAGCAGUAACUCCAGGUCCUGAUAACGAAAACGAUUACGUCAGUAGAAAAGCAGUUGAGAAUAUGUUAGAAGUACAAGCAAACCGACGAGCACAGCUAGCUCGCAGUUUAAGUACUGGUUCGACUUCUGACAGUCAAGAAAGGCCACGAAUUAGAAGAGAUUCAGGUAACUGGAGCGGUGAUAGAAACAGUGCGUCAUCGGCUUCUUCAUCGACUGUGGAAAGCCCUUAUAUGUACUCCCGCGGGCGCGGUCCAGGAAGUGUGCCAGGAAGUCCCACACGUAAAGGAGAGUUAUCCAGUGGAGGUUCCUGUGACGCUGGAUAUGACUCCUACUCUUUAUCGUCAACAGAUAGUUUACCCCUGCAGCAAGGCUUAAGACAUAACUUGCACCUAGCUCAAAUUCCUGAAUUAACUACCAGAGGAGACUGUGAGGCAUUAUGUUUGGAGGCUGACCGUUUACUUGAAAAGUCUCGUCACGCUGAAGAUGCUGCGGAUUACGAAACUGCAUUGGUAUUAUGUGACGCGGCUGCUUCCAAAGCGAGAGCUGCAAUGGACGCUCCAUAUAACAAUCCUCACACAAUGACUUUUGCCAGAAUGAAGCACAAUACAUGUGUCAUGCGAACUCGUAGCCUGCAACGACGAAUGGCUGGCUUGAACAGAUCUUCUGAAAUUCCUCAAGUUGCUCCUAUUAGAAACACAAAGGGAGGUCUCGAAAGUUCUCCAACUACCAUUGAGAUCUAUGCCACGUUGCCUAAGAAAAAAGGAUCUUCAAAGAAAUCGCCCAAAUGCAGUAUUGAAGAUGACAUUGAUAAUCCCCCGCGUGAACGGCCGCCAAGACAUAAGUCUCGAGACGAUGACAAAGUCAGAGAAAAACGUUCUAGAAGUGAAGAUCGUGGUAGAGCACGCAAGGAAGUUGCGACAGAAAAGAAGGAAGAAACUGCCGAAGAAAAGAAAGCCAAUAAGAAACAGCAUAAAAUCCGUCGAAAGCUGCUUAUGGGUGGUUUAAUUAGACGCAAAAACAGAUCAAUGCCUGAUCUUACUGAAGGUGCUGAUGCUAACAAUGAAACUAGCAAAAAGGAGAAAAUAAUUUGUAUUGAUGAUGGCGAUAUUGGACGCAAAAAGAAUGAAGACAAGUGCAAUUUGAGUGGAUAUUUAUCAGAAGGUCAUUUAGAAUACUCGACCGCAAGCGGCACUAAUCCGAAUCUCGAGCGAAGUAAACUUAUGAGGAAGAGUUUCCAUGGCAGCGCUGGUAAGAUCUUAACUGCGGCUAAGGUGCCGCCUCCGCCACCUCUGCGAACCACUUCCCAGCUUAGCGGCGCUAAGUUCGAGCCCGAAGUGAUGGAGCACGGCAUACAGUCGCGACCACCACAGCCGCUGCCCAAUGCCGAUCGGGGAGAAUUCUCAUACCCUCAAGACGUUGAAGAAGACGGUGGUUUCUCUGAACAAUACGGAGAUGAACCCCAGUCACUGCCAUUCAUGCCAUACAACAACAAACAGAACAAUCACUACAGAUUAGAGGACUCUCCAUCACAGAACUUCCACACGGUUGUUACUAAGGCGAUGAUCCAUCAAGAACAAAGUCCAAUCAAACGAGAAACGUUACAUCCCAUUCAACCAUCACAUAACAAUAUCCAAAAUCUUAGUAACGCAUUUGACAAUGGAGUUGAUGUAGUCGACUGCGCCAUGCCGGUGCGGCGAUCGCCGCAGUUGUUUGACCUCCCGCCAUAUCCAAGCCCAUUGAACUCAGUCAACCACUCGAGACAACCUAGUGAAGAAUUCCCACCCCCGCCACCACCAAUCGAUAUGACUCCUCUACACGAAGAACUCGAUAAGAUUCAAACAAUGAAUAGUCAAAAUAUGAAUGGUAUUAAUCAUAAUGAGACAGAAAUUCCCAAAGGCUCUUUACUGGCGCAGUUGCAAGAAAAACGAAAUCAAAUUUUGAGAAACGAAGAAAGUUUAUCCAAGUUGAAUCAGCUAGAGACAAACACGAGCUCUGGCGACACUUGGCUCAAAGAGCUGCAAGCCAAACAAGCAGCUCUUAAACUGAAAAGAUCUGGUUCUCUUGAGGGACAACUUUCGAGUCCUCUAGAAGCAAACAACGUAAGGAACAUCGCCUCCAGAUUUGAGAACAAUACUCCAAACGGAACUUCUGAGGAAAGAUCUCACAUAGGAUUUGUGGGAAUGAGCGCUAACAGAGACGUUAUCAACUGUUCCAAUCAGUCUACCAAUGGAAUGUACAACAGACGAGCAUCUUCAUCGUCUAUAGACCCCAAACACAUCGAAGACGAUUACAAUGAACAAAAGAAUAACAACUGCUAUAACGAUCGCACUAAACCUAAGAAGAAGUCUGUAUCUUUCUGCGAUCAAGUGAUUCUGGUCGCAACAGCAGAGGAUCAAGAAGACGACAGUUACAUUCCAAAUCCUAUAUUAGAAAGAGUUCUGAAAUCUGCAAUGAACAAACCUGAGUUAACAACGAUGCCGCUGCAAUCAGAAAAGCCAUCGUUGCAACGAACGGAAUCCUUCGAUAGUCAAUCAUCUCGAUCCACAAUAUCAUCGAUGUCCCAAAACUCGUACGUGCCAACAGAAAAUGCACAUGCAGAUUAUAUCCGAGUACAAAACCCAUACCCUGCAUACCAAGUUGCACAGACGAGAACUCAGCAACAGUUUAAUGCGCAGAAAAGCACAGGCGUGUACAGAACGAACUCACCUGUGCAAACUCCAACGCAAAAUGGAGCGAACAAUCAAAUUUAUCAGACCCUGCCUACAAGUGUAGCCAAUUCGACUAACCCUAUACCAUACACUCAGCCUCCAGCGCCGUACACAAACAACGCUAGCCCACCGAACUUUAGCCAAAACCCAACGAAUAGGUUGACACCAACUCACAAUCCUGCUUACAUGGCGAAACACGCCUCUACAUUGCAAAGACCCGUUCCUAACACGUACCCGCACCCACCGAGCCAGAUGCAUCCAGUCAACCAACCGAGCAACGCUUAUUACCACCGCCUGCCACAGCAUAACAACAACAACAACAACUACAACACAAAUCGUCAAUACAAUCAAAAUCAAACCCCAUACCAAAGUGUGCCCACCAACUCACCAGCUUACCAGAGCUACCACAGCCCACCGACAAGCUACGCCAGCUCCGAGUAUUCUAGUCGAUACCAAGUGAGUACUAACCACGCCAAUUACUAUUCAGCUCAAUCGCCUUACCAGAGGGUACCACCGCCUCACGGUGACAUGCCAGUUGAGAAUUACAAUAACAAUUAUCAGAGAGUACCUAAUAACACGUAUCACUUAGACAAUAAUACAAAUCAACGCGAUGCUAGGACGUACUCGAACCAACAGCGCACGUACAGUCAAAUGGAAAAUGGUAACGAUAUAGGAUAUCAGUACCAGAGUGGGUAUAAUCCGUAUCAACACUUGCCGCCACCGAAACAGCUUCAAAAGAAGUCUGUGUCCUUCGAACCGGGGACUAAAGGUGGUACGGAAUCUCCUGUACCCCCGCAAAUGAACGGGAAUUAUUCAAGUGACAGUCAAGCUAAUGCUACUCUGAAAUCUCAAUGUAACUUGUGCCGUAAAAAACCUGUUAAUCCACCCGCCAUGUAUUGCCCGGAUUGCGAUUUUUACAUGUCAAGAUUCAAACCCCGUUCAUAGCACAAAUAUAUUUAAAAAUAGAUAUUAAAUAAAAUUGUAUUUAAAAUAGAAUAAACAUGUAAAUUAUCGCUAAAUAAGUUUUGACUGAUCUCAUUUGAGAGUAUAAAAACAAUAAUGUACUUAAAGUAAUUGUAUUUUUUUUUACCU